AUGUCACAGCCAACUGAACAGUGGGGCGAUUCACUGAUUCAACGUAUUGAGCGUCCAACAUGCGCCUGUUUGAGGUACUUUAAUCCUAUCAGCAGAAGGGUAACAACUCAAUUUAGUAAUGCGUGCCCAUCACUGUUACACUUGUGCAGGAGUGUGGUGCUGUCCUGCAUACCACUGGCCAAUAUUGAUAAGGCAAGUUAAACUAAAUUUGUUGAUAUAGAAAUAGGUAGUGCCUUACCAUGUGAUGAAGCAAGACAUGACGACCCGAGAGAAAUAAAUAUUUUAUUUGUGGAGUGACUUGAGUGAAUUAAUUGAUACAACAUUAAAAUUUGCUAAGAAACUUUGUGUUCAAAGUUAUUUAAGAUUUUAAAAAUGUAUUUACUAUCAAUGGAAUAGUUUUCAUCUACCACAUGUGUAUUUUUUUUAUUUGAACCAGGUGCCAACUCUACUGCCAGUCCCACUAAUGCUAGCUGGAAACAUAUGCAGAUUGAACCUGGAUGAUUUUAGAAUAAACCCUCUAAAAGUUCAAGCGCAAGACAUUCUUAGCAAUCGCUACCAGGCUGAAUUUAAAAUAACUAAAUGUGAUGUUAUUCUUGAGGUUAACAUGAGCAUGGACAAUCAUGGAAAAG